GCUCUUGGCGAUGCUUUCGGUCGCGAACUAUUUGAAGAAGCCUCGGCGCGGUGAGCCACCGCCCAGUGAUGUAGGGCCAGGGUCCCCCACCGAAGUCGGUUCGGGGGUUGUGCAAUGCCUGAGAGUGAAGGGUUUUUGCGUCAUCAACCAUGCCGUCUCAGAGCAGAUGGUCGCAAGUGCAGCCGCCGAACUGGACGCCCAGGAAUGGUAUCAGCCUGCAGUCCUGAUCCAGGAAGGCCUACUCGGCGUGGAGGGCUCCAAUCGAAUUGCCAAAAUGGCAUCAAUCGACUUUCCUGAAAGCAGCAGCGAGCAGUUUCAGGAUGGCCUUGCAGGCAUAGAUUUUGCGAUGUGGAAGCUUGCAGAGGCUGUCGGCCCCUUCCAAGAUGAGCUCGGCUUUCGAUGCUGUGGUCGCAGCGUGGGGUUCCUGCAUCAGGCUAGCGAUCCCGAUCUCGAAGAAGCAGAGCUUACAGACCAAGAAGCCAGCGACUGGAGCGCCAUUUUUACGAGCAGAAAGAUCCUGAUCAUGGUAUGCUUAGGCCCUGGCAAGGGAACUCUCGAGAUGCAGCCGUACGAUGAUGAGGCAAAUGUCUCCGAGAUCACCACCGUUCCUGGUCUCGUGGUCGCUCUCCGCACCGAUCAGCUUUCCUUCAAGUUCUUCUGCAGAGGAAGGGAGGCCACGCAUGUGGCAACCUCCUUCAUGCUCCAGAAUGACAUCUUGCGAAUGCACAGAAACAAGUUGGAGGCACAUCUCACUCCACCUGCCCAAGAAUUGGAUCAGUGGAUUGACCAGCGCCUGCGGGAGAUUAAGGAGAUGGAGCCUGAGGAGCCAACAGAAGAUUGGACUGCAAAGGGCGAUGUGCCCAGGAACUUCAUCCACGCCGCCAACCGAACCUGGUUUAAGCGACAGACCACCGUUUGCAGGGGUGCUGCAGCCAGGUUGCCAGUCACCUGGGAGCCAGAGGUAUUCUUCCUGGGCUUGACAGCAGGAGCUGACACAGUCAUUGAAGUCCCAAUCAUGCGAUGGGAGCAUGACACAGUGUAUGACCCUUCCCCUGAUGCUUGGAAGAAGGAUCCGCCCAAGACAAAUUGCAGGCAUGCAUCCUUUGUCGAUGGGGUGGACCUUUUCGAUAACAAGCUUUUCGGACUGUCCCUCGCAGAGGUCAAGGGUAUGGACCCUGGCCAGCGCUUGGUGCUGGAAACCACGUAUGAUGCCCUCUACAGGAGCGGCAUGAGGAAAAACACGCUGAUCAACUCCACUGUCGGUAUGUACGUGGGAACAUCAAUGAGUGAGUGGAACUCUGCGGAAAAAGCUGCUGAUGUUGGCAUUUUCGGUGCCACGGGAGGAGCCCCCAGUAUCACUGCUGGACGUCUGAGUUUCUGUCUUGGAUGCAAAGGGGCCAGUUUAGCCAUUGAUACGGAGGCCGCAUCUGGUUUAUCUGCGACCUUCUGGGCCGCAGAGUCCGUCGAAAAGAAGGGCGCUGGCCACAUCCAGGAAAUGGCCUGCGGCAUUGGCGUGCAUCUUUGCCUUGCCAAGGCUUGGUGGCCAGCGCACACAGCGGCUGGCUUUCUGUGCCCCGGGGGCCGUUGCUUCACUUUUGACGCGAGCGCACAGGGCCACGUGAGGUCCGAAGGUGUCGGCACGGUGGUGCUGAAAUGCCAAGAGAAGAUGGAUGGCCAGGAGGAGAAGGAUGACCAGCCAUCAGUUGGAACAAUUGUUGGCGGCGCCACGCAAAACAGCGGGAAGAGCGCUGGAAUGACAGCUCCCUCCGGCCCUGCAGAGCAGGCUGUGCUGGUGGAGGCAUGCAGAAAGUCUGGCAUCACGACACUGGAUGUGGAUGUCGUGGAGUGCCAUGGAUCCGGCCGCUUCAUCGCCGAUGCAAUCGAGGACAAGCAAUUUGGUAUGGAUGACAAGGGCCUGGCUGGCCUUCUGACCUUCCAAGCUUACCAAAGUCGUCGGGAAGUUCACUGCUUCUCCUUGCCGGGGCUUUCGUCCCGACAGCAGUUGGGUUGGAGCGGUCAGCGGUCUGCUAGGUCCGUUGCCUGUGUGGGUAACAGAGAGUUGGUUCGAAUCGCCACCCUGAUCAACAAGCUUGUGGAUUUGGAUGGAUGGGACGAAGAUCAGGAGCAGGAGCUGUUCGAGCUCUCUGUGUCUACUUGCCUCGAGGUGAUCUGUCGAGGUCUGGCACCGCCACACUACGACAUGCUGCACACUCCAAAGGGCCUGCUCGGCGAGAAAUCCGUGGCCCUCUUGACCGCGAACUUGGUGCAGCUUUGCCAACGAGAAUGUACCUUCCCGUACAUGGAUGAGCAGGACAAGAUGCGGACUAUCCGAGCUGUCAUCUGGGUGAUUGUUGGGGCCUUGCAGCCUGGACGAACCUUGCGCUCCUACACCAAGGAAUUAUGCCGAGAUGAGGAGUCCACACAAUCUGUAGUGGUGGAGGUCUUCAUUGAGGGAGCUAUGGAUGUCUUCUUCGAUAGCGAGAUGCGGCGCUCGCUGAUCCAGGACCUGAAGUCCCACAUCCCUGACGUUCCACUCGUGCCGUUCCUCUUCGAGAACAUUGCUGAGUUCUUGAUGGCCACUUUCAGUGACACCCUCCACGAGACGCUCAAGGAAGCGUACUUCAUCUUUGUGGAUGCGCGAAAGAACCGGGAGGAUCUGCCAGUGCUGCCGACGGUCCUUGCCGGUGACCUGCAGCUGCAGGAGAGGUUGUUGAUGCAGUACAUCGGCAGACCCUUCAUGGUGCAACUACGCCGGAUUUUGAUCGAUCGCCUCCUAGAAGACAACGAGAAGAGCUUGCCGCUUUUGUCUAGGCUCUCCCUGAGGAGGCAGGCUUUGGUCUUGGGUCGCUUCGUGGAUCUGCUCUUCCGGGCCCUGCCAGGACUGGCAAAGAUUGAGGAUACCGUGCAACCGUUCCACAGGUACAUGCACGACAGCAAGCGAGGCUUGCAGCUGCACGCACCGGCUCAUCCUUCACGAGUUCACGUGGAUCUGGUGGAGCUGGACGACAUCAGCACUGCUUGGCACAAGCAGGUACGAGAGUCACUUGGAAGGUGGCGGGAUGCCUUUGCGAGGACUCGGCAAUCUGGCACCAUGGAGGAGAUGCUGAAGACCAACAUGCUAAGCAGAAGCGACAGCCGGGCAAGUUCUGGACUGGCACGAGGCAGAACCUUUGAUUGCCUAGAUCUUGAGAACCAGGAAUUCGCGUUUGGCACCCCCAGCAUCACUGGCGCCGCCUAUUUCAGACAGUACGAGACUGAGCUAGAGGAAUUCCGGGGUACUAAUUCCCCCAUGGCCACCUGUGUCGACCCAGUCUCGAAUCCAGGCAUUAGCCCAAACAACUUGGCAGGCUCGCCCAGCAAAAAUUCGAUGCAGGUUUAG